CUCGUUUGGUGUGUCGACUUCCGUUGUGUUCAUGUGACUGGUCAUGUGACACAGAGAGCAUCCGGAAAUUGGAGUGAAUUAUGCGAGGCUGGGAAUCUCUUCGGAAUUAAAAGAGUAAAGACUUUGAGGAAUAUUAUUUUCUUUGUGUGAUGCCCAGCACAGCCAUGAAGAAGAAGGUUCUUUUAAUGGGAAAAAGUGGAUCUGGAAAGACCAGUAUGAGAUCCAUAAUCUUUGCAAACUACAUUGCACGAGACACACGUCGGUUGGGCGCAACAAUUGAUGUUGAGCACUCGCAUGUCAGAUUCUUGGGGAAUUUAGUGCUGAACCUCUGGGACUGUGGUGGUCAGGACACAUUCAUGGAGAAUUACUUCACUAGCCAGCGUGACAACAUCUUCCGCAAUGUAGAGGUUUUGAUCUAUGUGUUUGAUGUGGAGAGCAGGGAGCUGGAGAAGGACAUGCACUACUAUCAGUCCUGCCUUGAAGCCAUCCUUCAGAACUCCCCUGAUGCCAAAGUGUUCUGCCUAGUACACAAAAUGGAUCUUGUGCAGGAAGACCAGAGGGACCUGAUUUUUAAAGAGCGUGAAGAGGAUCUAAGGCGUCUUUCUAGGCCGCUAGAUUGUGCUUGCUUUAGGACAUCUAUUUGGGAUGAGACCUUGUACAAAGCAUGGUCGAGCAUCGUCUAUCAACUUAUUCCAAAUGUACAGCAACUGGAAUCCAAUUUAAGAAACUUUGCUCAGAUUAUUGAGGCUGAUGAGGUGCUGCUGUUUGAGAGAGCAACAUUUCUGGUCAUCUCCCAUUACCAGUGUAAAGAGCAGAGGGAUAUCCACAGGUUUGAGAAGAUCAGCAAUAUUAUAAAGCAGUUUAAACUGAGCUGCAGUAAACUGGCUGCCUCAUUCCAGAGUAUGGAGGUUCGGAAUUCUAACUUCGCUGCCUUCAUAGACAUCUUCACAUCCAACACCUACGUUAUGGUUGUGAUGUCAGAUCCUUCAAUACCAUCUGCUGCAACCCUUAUCAACAUCCGCAAUGCCAGAAAGCAUUUUGAGAAGCUGGAACGUGUUGAUGGUCCUAAACACAGCCUCCUGAUGCGCUGACCUACCUGUGCGGCUUCCAUCUCCUUUACUAAGCAUGUGUACAGAGCUGACCUCACAUUCAACCCCGGUUCCAGCAUCAUAUUGUGCUGAACUUGCAACUGGAGUUGACCUCCACCAUAACGUUCAGAAUAUUAAUACCCCACACCACUUUGAAUCAUUACAAUUACAAUUUUAAUUGACACAGAACCUCCACCUGGGCUGGACCUUCAUUGUGACCUCAGCACAUUAAAUCAUGAUGAAACACA